GUUGGAUGUUAGAUCACUCGAUUUUUAAGCUGCUCAGAUUUGAUAGCCACGUUAGAUUAAUAAUCACUGUUAUCAAUUUUUCAACAGUUUUUCUCGCACUAUUGCAAACGUGUUAAAAAUAUAAAACCCACCGUUGUUGAAUGAACCUGCUCAGAUUUGAUAGUCACGCUACAUUAAUAAUCACUGUUAUCAAUUUUCCUGUUGCAAACGUAAAAUAUAAACAUUUCCGUUGUUAAACGUAGAGUUGUUCAGACAGAGUUACUAACUGUGAGAAAUUUUUAUGAAACUUUUAUUGUACGUUUCGUAGAACGCUUCGCGAAACAUUUGAUAAAACGAGCUUCCAAGAGUCGUCGAUUUUUCACGGUUGUUUUCCCGUACAGUUAGCUAAUUUAAUCGUUACACGUAGAGUCUAAUUGAACUCGUUAAGCGGACGCCACUAACACUGAGAAAUUUUUAUGAAACUUUUCCUCUAUAAGAAAUUUCACGUUUCAUAGAUUGCUUCACAUUUGAUAAAACGAGCUUCCAGAGAGUAUAGGUCAUUUCGCAAGCUCGCGUUUAUAUUUUACACGCGACUGAGCUGACCGUGGAAAACGUUUGCAUGAUCAAACAAGCGUGUAGGAAGUAGAAUAGUUGAUGCUAACUGGUUCGAGAAAUCGAACCGUUUUUCGAGAACAUUUACGCUUAUCAUUAAUCGUCGACGACGGUGUCGUACGUUCCUAAGAGCGAGAACAGAGCAAUCCUCAGCUGUGGUUUAUCGAUCAAUUGCACUGGUACAUUCAAGAGACUACAAAUUGCUUCUGAGGGAAGUUAACUUGGUCUUCUUAACAAAGAUCGUUAGUACUUUAUCACCAACGUCUGACCUAUUAAAGUUUUCUCUGAACUUACGGUGAAAUUCCAACUAUCGAGAAAGGCAACUAAUUUUCUUUUAAAAAAUCUAUCGAAAUUAAAUGUUCGAUUUUUAAAUUCGAUUAAUCUUAAUUAUUAAUCGCGAUGGGAAACGAUCGCGAGUCGUUGGGUUUGUUCGACUGUUGGAAAAUGUUGUUGAAACACGACGUAUGGACGCACCGUGUUCCGACGACGUAAUCCGCGAUGUGACAGUGCCGCGAGUAGAGGACGAUGUCGUCGGAGGGACAUCGUGGAUCGAUCGAUUGGUUCGCCGGUUGAACAGUCACGCCGAACAAAGUGAAGCUACCACCGGCGAAGGGGGAACAGCGGGCGAACGAGUCGGCGUUCCGUCAACUGUUCGCCCUGUUUCAACAGCGUAAGCCUCGGGAUCCGCUGCGGGGCCAACAGAACGCCGCUGCCUCGUCGGUGCCACUGCUCGAGAUGGGAACCAGAGCAUGGGACUACGAGGCGCUGCCGGAACUUCACACCUCGACGGCCGUCACCCCCUCCUCAACGCCGCCUAACGCACAACAGGCUGCUGCUAAGACGCAUUCACCGAGGGUCUACUUCCAGGCGGAGAAUUUGGCCACCACGAGGAGACGCAGCAGCUCCAGGUUGCUCGCGCCUCAGUCUUCUUAUAGGAGGCGGAGCAGAAGCAUGAGCGCGUGGAGCGACCUGUCGAGGUCGUCGUUCAAGCUUGACGAGAGGGUGGGCCGGAAAUCGUAGUACAACAGGUACCUACCGCUUCUUGUAUUUCACAAUUAUGGCCUAUUCCCAUUGCGAUUUCCGACUCCGGAAUCCGGCUCAGAGCCGGCGAACGAAAUUU